UGACAUAUAUUGAUUAGAACUGGGGAAUACUGACAGGCCGGAAAAUCAAAUAUUAUUUAGAAGCUUUCCGAACCACAGAUUCAGAUAGUUCUCAAUUUGUAGUUUUAUAAAAUUUUGAAUUUGAAUUUAUUGAACUCUUUCGAACAUCUUAUUACAAAUUUUCCAUUAAUGUUUAAUUUCCGGCUUAAGUAAAUAUAUAGUGCAUUAGAAUCCAGUAACUAGAGACAUUUAGAUUACCUAUCACUAGCGCAAUGCAUCGAUCAGUGAAGUAUUUGCAUGGAGUGCCGCGAUCACUGUGCAGGGCACUGCAUGAAACGGCUGUUACCAGAGCUUUGUCCUUUUCGGUCGAGGAUAUUGUGCGGCUUGUUGAACCGACAGCCGAUGCUCUGUAUCAUAGGGAAAGUCUACAAGUUGUCACAGAUCGAGACUAUAAAUAUAAGGAAGGCCAGAACUAUCAUGGAUUCCAGUGUGAGCGAGUCGAGUAUAUCUCAGACUUCGAUCUAACAUCCCACACGCUGCGGCAUAUGGAAACGGGCUUGGAACUGUGGUACCUCAAUCGCAAUGAUACUAAUAAUGUUUUCUCAAUCAAUUUUCGGACGCCUCCUGUCGACUCGACGGGCGUGGCGCAUGUCCUGGAGCACCUGACCUUGAAUGGCUCAGAAAAGUAUCCGGUUCGCGACCCGUUCUUCAAGAUGCUGAAUCGUUCGGUGGCGACCAAUAUGAAUGCGCUGACUGGAGCUGACCUAACGGUUUAUAUAUUCUCCACCAGAAACGAGACGGAUUACAGAAAUAUCCAGCGUAUCUAUUUAGAUUCAGUUUUUAGGCCCAGUCUAUUGUAUAUAGACUACCUUCAGGAGGGCUGGCGAUUCGAGCACAAGAACGUGCAUGAUAAACGAUCAGAGAUCAUUAUUAAAGGCAUCGUCUAUAAUGAAAUGAUUGGAAUAUUUUCAGAGAACUCUAGACUGUUCAGGAAAGGCCUCGUGAGCAACUUGUUACCUGAACUGGCCUACAAAUACACAGCCGGUGGAGAUCCACUGGAAAUACCCAAUUUAACGUACUUAAAAUUAAUUGAGUUCCAUCAGAAAUAUUAUCAUCCGAGCAAUGCGCGCAUUUUCUGCUAUGGCAGCUUCGAUAUAAUGGAUACCCUGGAGUUCCUCAAUGAGGAAUACCUGUACCACUAUGAUUACACAGACCCGGCGUAUAGCCAUGUACCUCUCCAUCCGCGUUGGUCGUCCCCACACUAUGCCCACUUGCCAUGUCGACUGGUUAGCCGGGGCGCUCCCAAGGACAAGCAGAAUCAAAUCGGCUGCGCGUUGCUGAUGUGCGAUAGAACCAAUGUGCAGGAGGUCUUCGAGCUGAAUGUGCUAGCGGAGCUAUUGAUUCGAGGCCCUAACUCGGCCUUCUACAAGGGCCUGGUGGAGCCGAACUUCUCCGGUGGCUUCAAUAGGAAUACGGGCUAUUACUUCACCAGCCGAGAUACGUACUUUGCUGUGGGGCUGCAAGAUGUAAGCGCUGCAGACUUCGACCGAUUCUACGAGCUGUUCCAGCAAACGCUGCACAAGACAUUCAUAAAAGGUUUCGAUCCCAAUCAUGUGGAAAGUGUGCUGCAUAAGCUGGAAAUGUCUCUCAAGCAUCAGACCGCUGACGUUGGUAAUACUCUGCUGUUCAGCUCGAUGGCACUGUGGAAUCAUGGCGGUGAUGUCGUUGCCAAUCUGAGAGUGUCGGAAAUGUUGAGGCUGCUGCGUGCCAAACUAUCGGAGAAUAAAUACUAUUUGCAGCAAAAAGUUGAACAAUAUUUCCUAACAAAUUCACACAAGCUGACAUUGACCAUGUCACCAGAUGAAUCGUAUGAUGAGAACUUUAGGGAAGCCGAGAAGAAGCUGAUAACACAAAAGCUUAGUGAACUUAGCCCAGGUAGUUUGGGGAAGAUAUAUCGGAAUGGGAUUCAAUUGGAGGCGACUCAAAAGGCUAAAGAAAAUACAAAUGUUUUGCCCUGCCUCUCGCUGGAAGACGUUGAUGAACCAAUAGGGCAUCCUCAGUUGACGGAGGAACUCAUUGAUAACGUACCCACCCAAUUGUGUGCGGUGCCCACUAACGAUAUCACCUAUCUGAAUUGCCUUUUCAAUAUUACGUCUUUGAGUCACGACGACGCUAUGCUCGUGCCGCUGUUUUGCAAUGUGUUCAAGAACAUGGGCACCAGAAACCAUGACUUUCGGGAAUUCGACAAGAUGAUUCUCUCAAAAACUGCCAACUUUGACUUUAAGGUGAAAGUGGUCGAAGACGUUGAGCACGGAAUGUCUUAUAAAAUUGGUUUGCUGAUGACGACCUACGCUCUGGACAAGAAUGUAAAGGAUAUGUUUGCGCUGUGCGAAGAGUUACUCCUGAAUUUCAAGCUGGACGACACAGAUCGCCUGAAGAUGCUCAUUGAAAACUACAUUUCCAAGUUAUCUGUGGGCAUCGCAGUUUCCGGGCAUUUGUAUGCCAUGCUGUGCUCCGCUGCACUGGUCAGUGACGCUGGUCAGCUGAAAUCCCAUUUGUUAGGCAUUGAUCACAUCGAUUUUAUGAAGAAUUAUAUUGAACAGAAUAGUAUAGAAGAUAUACGUGACAGAUUAAAAGAUAUUGGCUCGAAGGUGUUUAGCAAGAGCAACAUGCGUGUUGCCAUCAAUAGCUCAGAGGAUUUUCAGCCAACCGUCCUGGAACACUACCAGACUUUCCUGCAAAACCUGCCAACGUUCGAAGAUAUGACUGAGACGAGUAAACUGAGGUUGUUGGAGCCAAGUUUCCAACAUUAUGUAAUGAAUGUUCCCGUUAACUACUGCGCAAAAUCAUUCUUCGCUGUGCCAUAUUUGCAUGAAGAUCAUCCCGUAUUGCGUGUGAUUGCCAAGCUCGUAUCGGCCAAGUAUCUGUUGCCUGUGGUGCGGGAGCAAAAUGGAGCUUAUGGCACGGGCGCGAGAAUUGGCUAUGAUGGUCUCUUCCAUUUCUACAGCUAUCGUGAUCCGCACUCUCGAAAGACCUUGGAUAUAUUUGACAAAACUUACGAAUGGCUCGCAGCUAUGAGUGAUAGGCUGGAUCACCAGACACUUUUUGAGGCCAAGCUGGGCGUGCUGCAGUUGCUCGAUUGGCCAACAGCACCUGGUGAACUUGGCAUUGAUUACUUUAUACUAAGAGUCUCGCAUGAAGACUAUUGCAAAUAUCGUUCUCGCGUUUUAAGUGUAACUGCCGAUGAGGUACGCUCUGUGGUUCAUAAGUAUUUUAAAGAAGAACCGCGUCAUGUUGGUAAAUGUAUUUUAGGGCCGCAAAGAGAAAGAAUUCAGUCCCAAAUAGAGAACGUUUGAAAUGAAUGUUAAAUUAUCUUAAGUUAUCUUAAUGUCGUAAAUAAAUGACGCAUGCACAGA